AUGGCGUAUUUUCCUAUGCUCCCCUUGACUUGUAUUGCAGUUCUUUGUGGCCUGAUCGAAGCGCAACACCUCGGCCGCCCCGUCUACACUUAUAUGCCAACGCGUCCCUCGGAAACGACUCCAUGUGCUAAUCCAGGAGAGGAUUUUAACCAGUUGCUAUUGUUAUCAAAACUUUUGGAAAAUGACUGCGAUAGUGCAUCGCAUAAAGAUAACUAUCAUAACGUUAUUAACGUUGGAGAGAUCAUUGACAAGUUGGUCAACGCGUUAGUAUUUACCACAGCUCAACGUGGUGGCAGUGGUUAUUCUGGAGGGCAUGGUGGAUUCACAGGACAUGAUGGGUAUGGAGGUCACGGUUGGUCUGGAGGACAUGGAUUUGGAGAUCAUGGUUGGUCCGGUGACCGUGGUGCGCCUGGAUCUGGAGGGCACCGUUGGCCUGGUAGCUCUAAUGGUGGCCAUGGUGGGUCGGGAAGUCGCAGUGGUAAUAAGGGAAAUGACGAAGGGCUUGUAGACUUAAGUUUGUUAGACAGCAACGACUUAGUUAAACUAAUGUUAUCUGGUCUUGAUAUUCUGCGUGUAGGCGUAGGUUCUGACAAUAAUAAAAGCAACAAUAAGAAUAAAGAUGAAGGUCUUAUAGAUUUAAGUUUGUUAGAUCACAAUGAUUUACUUAAAUUAAUGUUAGGUGGUCAAGAUAUUCUGCGUUUGGGCGUGGGUAGUGAUAAGAGUAAAGGUAGUAAUACAGCGAGUGGCGCUGGUAAUGUAGUUGGAGGACUUCUUGAAGGAGUUGGAGGAUCUGUUGGUAAGGGUGCCUCUGAUGGCAAUCUGGUAGGUACUGUUGGUGAUACCGUUAAAGGCCUUCUAAGUAGCAAUGGUAAUGGCUCCAUACUGUAA